GGGAAAGGGAAGGAGGGGGCUCCAGCUCGCGCUUAAAUACACAACACAACUACUAUGUAACAGCCACGUAAUAUUCAUCCACGGGGGUUUACGGGAAUAAAAAUUAAUAUAGUCGACGGAGUUUUUAAAAAUCAGGAUGGCAUAUCCUGUAGAUAUUCUGACAAAUGUGGAUUAUGAGACCUUAGAGCUAACAGCUGAGGAAUACAUGUCUCAGCUCCCCUACAGAAAUACAGAGUACUUCAGCCUCUCUGAUUCCAAACAGAUAGAAAUUGGACUCUGCAAUGUGAGUUUUGUCCCUCUAUAUGGAGCAGAUAGUGAAAAAAAGCUCCUUGCAUUGUUCUCACCUGAUAACUCUAACACAGUUGUAGGUCUAUAUUUGCUGGAUCGGUGGUGGAGGGUUGAAGAUGUUCUUAAAACAGCAGAGCCCUCAAGAACAGGCCUGAACAAGGUCAGCACCCUUGGGGAAAGGAUAGUCCUAUAUGUUCUCAACAGAAUUGUGUUGAGAAAUGAGAAGAGCAGUGAAGAUGUUUUCUUUCUCUGUCAUUGUGAGCAUGAAGCUGCAAAAAUACUAUGGAAGGAUGGAGAGGCCAUUGGCUUUUACUCAUUCAAACCCAAAGGUAGCUUAUGCAGAAACUUCUUGACCCAAUGCUAUCUACUUCCUGUAAUGGACACAGUAUUUGUCAGGAAGUGUCACCGGGGCCAGGGUCAUGCCAUAAAGAUACUGGAAGACUUUGUUGGUAGCUUCAGAAAUGAGUACAUAGGGUUAAAAUUUCCUCUUUCAGAAGCUAUGUAUAAAGUUUGUGAAAAGUACUUCAGUAUAUAUCCAGAAGACAAGGAGCUUCUGUGGGAAGUAGAGAAAAUAGGAAGCCCUUUCCAGAGAACUCUAAUAGCCAACAGGCUACAGAAGUUGAAGCUAAAGGAGAAGGACCAGGUUGUGAGCAAACUGGAUUUUGACGAAGAUGAUGCCACUGCUCCAAUGGAAAUUGAGAUCACAAAGAUUCAGGAAACCACUGAACAUACGGUGGAGAUUGUGGAGGAGACCAUCAUAGACAUCACCAAAGAAGUAGAUGACAUACCUGUUACAAGGCGUGGCAGAGGUAGCAACCUAAAACGAAGAGCUAUCAGAGAAAAUUCAGAGGAGAGGCUUUCAGAGAAUAUAAUCAGGGUGGAAGACAUUGAGGCAGGAGUUGAAAGUUCAGUCGAGGUGGCAGCCGUGGAAAAUCUUAACACUUUUUCUGUAAAAGAAUCAGAAACAGUACUCAGGAGCUCAGUAGACACAGUAACUGCAACUGUGACAAACUUUGCAGAGUUUAGAGGAUCACAAAAAGAGGAGAUGCAUGACAUUGAAAAAGACAUUGUCACAGCUACAUCCGAGGGGAGUCCAGUCACCCACCUCACCACAGCUGGGGAAAUAAAGAACCAAAGAAGUAGUAAAGAGGAAUGUGAAAUGGUUAUUAAGGAGUACACUAUAGAUAUACAAGGAGCCACUAUAGGGUCUAUUGAACAAAACCAACUUCAGUCUGUGGUGGACGUAGAAAUUGUUAAGAUGAGUACAGGAACUGAAGAAGAAAAAAAUGAAAAUUUAGGGAAGAACAAAGAGGUUGAGGAAGAUGAUUCUGUGUGUGAGGCAGAGAUGGAGGAAAUAAAACAAAUGCCAGAUAAACCGAGAGAGGAAAAAACUGUGAGUGAGACCGAGGUGCCCGAGCAAUCAGAGACUCAUGCUAAAUCAACUGAAAAAGUACAAGCACACUGGGAUAUGGAGAUAACAGAGAAUAAAGAAAGAGCAGAAGAUGAGGUUAUGGCAGAAAGUGAAAAGGACCUAAUUGAGGAAAACAGAGAUGACAACACAGGCCAAGAGAAAACUAAAUCAAAGGAUGAAGACACAGUUCUGCAGUCUGUGGUAGUUGAAGACCAGAUAGAGAUGGAGGCAGAUUCUGUGAGAGAGGUCCUUACUACUGAAGAGGUCUUAUGUGACCAGCCCAAACAAAAUGAAGCUGAAACAGAAGUCUCUGAACCAAACCAAACAAUGUCAAACAAGGAUACACUAAUUGAAAAAGCAAGUAAACAUAAAUUAGGCCCUGAUGAGGCAGAACAGGUCUUCAACAAGAGCAGAUUACCUCAAAAGAGAUCAUCAGGUUUAACUCCUUCAAGGAGGUCCAAAAGACUCAGGCAUGAGCCUGCUGAAAAAGACCUUACAACUACAAAGUCUGUGAAAACAGGCCAACAAGGAUCCAAACAUCACAGCAAAGUAAUGAUGCAAGAUGAAGAUAUUGAACAAUCAACAGAUGAACAUAAGGCAGAGUCUGAGGUUGAGGAAUACAAAGAAAAAGACAUGCCUACAGUGGAAACUGUAUCUUCUAUGGACGUUGAAAUUACACAGGUUGAGGAAACUGUAUUUCCUGAAGUUUCUAAAUUAGUGGAAAGAAAAGAAACAGAUCCAGAAAAAGCACCACUACAGUCAUCUGUGGAGCCUCCUGAGAUACAGGAAUCAAAAACAACACCUGAAGAGGAUGACGAGACAGUGGAGAAUAGCACUGUGAUGUUGACUUUGAGUGAAGCCAAAGUUGUGCUUGUAGAUCUGCAUGAACUUUCUUCUAAGGAGGCAGGUGAUAAUCAUGGAGAGAUCAGUAUUCCUGAACAAGAGGAAAUGAAACUCACCAUGUCAUCUGAGCUACAAGCAACUGAAGAAAAUAUGAGAAAAGAAGAACAAGAUGGUACAUUAGACACUAAACCUAUGGAAGAACCGGCCUGUACUACUACAACAGAAGGAUACGUUGUAGCAGCUGAUGCCAACAGAACUCCAGAUCAAUCAGCUGCAUACAAAGAUCAAGAAAAUGAGCCAGAAUCAGAAACCACAGAGGUUGUUCUUCUAAGCCAAGUUGAGAAACCAGAGAAAACAGACACUGAACAAGAUAAAGAGGAUAAACAAGAUUUGUAUGAGGCAGACAAUUUUCCAAAACAAGGCAAACAAACUCAAAAGAAAGGCUCUAUCGACAUCCCAAGUAGAUCCACAAGACUUAAAGAUCAGUCUGUUGACCCUGGGCAGACAGUUAGAUGUCUUAGGAGCACUUUGAAACCAGUCAAGAUCACCCCUGUUAGGAGAUCUGCACGUAGCAAAGCAGUGAUUCAACAGAUGGAAAGUGUUGAGCCUCAAGUUGAUGCAAAACUCAGGACUGAUGGCAACCCUGAGAGGGAUGAACUUAUUGCGGAAGAUGUAAGUCCAGAGGAGAAUGAAAUGGCAAACACAAAUGCUGAAGAAAUUGCAAGUGUUGAAUGUGGAAGUUCUGAACUCCUUAGAGCUGCAGAAAUAGAUGAUAAAGAGAAAGAACCUCAGAUUACAAAGGUUACUGAGGAAAUCCCACUUAUAGAAACAGAAGCUAAGGAGGAUGUAUUAGAAAACAGAGUUGAAGACAUCAAAAAUAUUGAGAACAAGGAAGCAAAUUUAGCUGGACAAUUGGACAGUGACAUAGAGAUGAGCAGUCUUGCUCAGGAGGUAUAUCUCCAGGAAGAAGAGGUACCAAUCAGCACAGAAAGACAUCUCAGACGUAGAACAAUAAGAGUUCAGACUCCACUGACAAGGAAAUCUAGAUGUAUAAAGAAACAAAAAGCUGAAGCAGAUGUUGAACAUCAGGAAAGACACACAGUGAUGAGCAAGAAUAAAACUGAUACAAUCUUGAUGACAAAAGAGAGAGAGGAUGAAAUGGAUCAAGAUGUCAACAAGAUGGAGAACAAAGAAGAACAUUUCGCUGAGUUGGAGCCAGUGGAAGAACAAAACAUAAGUAUAAAUGAAUAUGAAAAAACAUCAGCAAUAACAGAAGAGACUGUGGAUGCGUGUAUACCAAUUUUUACAACUGAGGCUAGUUUGGAAAGUCUUGAUGAAAUAGUAAACACAAAUACUGAGGAAACCGCAGUUCCAGAGAGUCCCGGACUAACUUUGGGUGUAGAAAUACAUGAUCAGGAGAAAAGAUUUCAGAUUGUUGAUGGUCAUGAAGAAAAGGUCUCACUUGUAGAACCUGGCAAGGAGGUAGAGAAUGGUGAUGGUACUCCAGUAAUAAAAUUACAAAGAGCCACAGUAGUACUUGUGGAUUUGAGCAAACUUUCCCAAAACACAGAAGGAGAGGUUGAGGCUUCAGAAGACCUGACACAUUUCCAAAUGGAGGAAAAACUGGAACUGUAUGAUCUAGAUAAAAGUGAACAAGAACCGUCUAAUCUGGCAUUAGAAGAGGAGGAACAAGAAGAAGUACAAACACAGGAAGACACUGAAAAGACCCCUGAGGAAGAGAAAAUGGAGGAAGAAAACACAGUUGAAGAGCAGAACAAACUCGAUAAACAAGACAUGACAUUUGAAGAGCAAAAGCCAACUGAAGAUUUGGCCACAAUGCCAGCUGAGGGCAGCCUGGUGGAAAGCAAUAAGAUUGAAAACAAACAGAAUGAGGAUGAAGGGGUGAGCGGUCUUGCCCAGGAGAAUCCUGUUCAAGAAAACUUAGAAGAGGAGGCACCAGUCAGCACACAGCGAAGUCUUAGACGAAGAACAAAAAGAGUUCCGUCUCCACCAAGAAGAAAAUCUAGACGUAUACAAAAACAAGGGGCUGACGUUCCUGAAGAUAAAACUGAAAUAUUCCUAAUAACAGAAAAGGAAGCUGAUGAGGUGGACCAAGGUGUAGAAAUAGUUAAUAAAGAGAAAGUGCCUCAAACAUCAAUUGUAGAUACUACUGAGGAGGUGAUCCCACUCGUAGAAGCAGAACCUGAAGAUAAUGUCGUAGAAAAAGGAGUUGAAGAAAUCAACAAGUUGGAAAACAAGGAAGCAAAUUUAGCUGUAACAAGAGACACAGGUGAGGAGACAUCUGAGGUGGAAGAAGAAGCCAAUUUAGAGCAACAGCAAAAUGAGGCAUUGGUUAAAAAUGACAAAGAAACAGCUGAGACAGAAACAUCUGUGGUGUUUGCCCCAGUGGUUGGCAAAGAGCAAAUAUUCAUUGAAGGGGGGACUACCAUCCAAAUAGAGAAGGAGGUCUCACAGGUCACACUUGUAGAAGCAGAACCUGGUGAGCAGGUAGAAAAAGACGAUGGUUCUCCAGUAAUACAACUGCAGAAAGCCACAGUAGUACUUGAAGAUUUAAGCAAACUUUCCCAAAAUACAGAAGGAGAGAGUGACACUCCAGAAGUCCUAACACAUUCCCAGACAGAAGAAAUACUGGAACAGGAUAAACCAGAUAAUAGUGAAUCUCAACUAUGUAAUCUGACAUCCGAAGAAGAAGAACAGCUAGAACAACUACAAAAAGAGGAAGAUACUGAAAAAAAUCCUGAGAAAGACAAAAUGGAGGAUGAAAACACAGUUGAAGAACAGAAUGAACCCGAUAAACAAGACAUGACAUUUGAGCAGCAAAAAUCAACAGAAGAUUUGGAAGAACACAAUGACUUAAAAGUGACAGAGAUCGUAGAAGUUUAUAGGGCUGUAGAUGAGGAUGUGGAAGAAGCAGUAAAUUCUGGAGAGCAUCCUGAAAAAACAACAACAAUGGCAGAUGAAACAAAUAUGAGUCUGGAGGCAGAAAAAGAUUGUAACAUUUCUUUUAAAAAAAUGCAAACAGACAGUGACAUAGAAAUGAGUGCGCUUGCUCAGGAGGCACCAGAAACUGACCAGGAAGUCUUAGAAGAGGAGGCAUCAGUCAGCACAGAGAGAUGUCUCAGGCGUAGAACAAUAAAAAUUCAGUCUCCACCUAGAAGAAAAUCGAGACGUUUACAAAAACAAGAGGCUGAAGCUUUUGAAGGUAAAACUAGAAACAUCCCAAUAAGAGGAAAGGUAGUUGAUGAAAUGCAGGAAACACUUAAGAAAUCAACUGUAGAGGCUACUGAGGUCAUCCCAUUUGUAGAAGCAGAACCUGAAGAUAAUGUAGCAGAAAAAGGAGUUGAAGAAAUCAACAAGAUUGAAGACAAGGAAACAAAUUUAGCUGUGACAAAAGACUCAGAUGAGAAGACACCUGAGGUGGAAGAAGAAGCCAAUUUAGAGCAACAGCAAAACGAGCCAUUGGUUAAAAAUGACAAAGAAACAACGGAGACAGAAAAAUCCAUGGAGAUUGACCCAGUGGUUGGCAAAGAGCAAACAUUUAUUGUAGGGGGGACCACCAUCCAAAUAGAGAAGGAGGUCUCACGGGUCUCACUUGUAGAAGCAGAACUUGAUGAGGAGGUAGAAAAAGAUGAUGGUACUCCAGUAAUACAACUGCAAAUUGACCCUGUGGUUAGCAAGGAGCAAACAUACGUUGUAGGGGGGACCACCAUUGAAAUAGAGGAGACAUUCUCACAGGAGGAAAGCACAGAAACCGAGCAAAGUGACAAUGAAAGGAUCACAAAGAGAAGUCUCAGGCUCAGUGCGAAAUCAGUCACAGCUACACAGAAGACCAGAAAAUCUACACGUCUCCACAAAGUAGAGUUGGACCCAGUGAAAGAGACAAAUAUGAGUAGAAAUGAACAUGAAGAAACCUCAACAACAAUGGAAGAGACUGUGAAUGUGUGUAUGCCAAUAAUUACAGUUGAGAGCAACUUGGACACUCUUGAUGAAAUAGCAAAUACAAAUGUUGAAGAAACUACAGCUGUUGAACCUGAGACUACUGAGCUGCUGACGAGUGAAGAAAUAAAUGAUAAAGAGGAGCCCUCAAAGAUUGUAGAAGAGGUCCCACCUAAAGAAGCAGCACCUGAUGAGGAGGUGAAAGAUGAUGGUACUCCAGUAAUGCUGCAAAAAGACACACUAUUACUUGUAGAUUUAAACAAACUUUCUCAAACUACAGAAGAACAGACUGACACUCAAGACGUCCUGACACAUUUUCACACAGAGGAACAACUGGAAUUGUAUGAACCAGAUAAAAAUGACUAUCAACUAUGUAACCUGAUAUCAGAAGAGGACCAACAAGACAUGACAGUCGAGGGGCAAAAACCAACAGACGAUUUGGUAGGACAGAAUGAUGUAAAGGAGAGAGAGAAUGAAGAGGAAUGUAAGAUGGUCAUAGUUGAAGAUGUGGAAGAAAGUGUAAAAUCUGGAGAACAUCCAAAAGCAACAACAGUCGAAGGCAACACAAAUAUAAUUCAGGAGACAGAAAAUCAAGAUAUUUCUUUAAAAGAGAAACAAAUGAAUAGUGACCUAGAGAUGAGAAGUCUUGGCCAGGAGGCACCAAAAGCUGUCCAGGAAGUCUUAGAAGAGGAGGCAUCAGUCAGCACGGAGAGAAAUCUCAGGCGUAGAACAGUAAAAAUUCAGUCUCCACCAAUAAAGAAAUCUAGACGAGCACAAAGAAAAGAGCCUGAAGUUUUUGAAGAUAAAACUGUAACAGUCCAACUAACAGGAAAAGGAGAUGAAGAAGUGCAUAAAGAAGGAGCAGAAAUAGAUCAAGAGGAAACACUUCAAAAAACAACUGUAGAAGCUACUGAGAACAUUGUCUCACUUAUAGAAAGAGAAACUGAUGAGAAUGUAAUAAAAAAAGGAUUUGAAAUAAUUAACAACAUGGAGAACAAGGAAACAAAUUUAGGGAAUGAGGCAACCCAUGAGAUGGAAAGAGACAAAGUCAAUUUAGAGCAACAGGAAAAUGAGCUAUCUGUUGAAAAUGAGAAAGAAACAGCUGAAACAGGAAAACCCAUGGGGAUGGAUGAAGGUUCGGUGGUUAACAAGGAGCAAACAUACGUUUUAGAGGAGACACCCAUUCAAGCAGAGGAAGAGAUCUUGCAGGUGGAAAGCUCUGAAACCAAUAAAAAUAAAAGUGAAAGGACCAAAAGGAGAAGUCCAGUGAUCAGUUCUCAAUCAGUCCCAUCUACACAGAAGACCAGAAAAUCUGCACGUCUCAACAAAUCAGAGUUGGAACCAAUAAAAGAUGCAGAGAUGAGUAGAAAUGAAGAAACUUCUUCAAUGACAGCAAAGACGGUAAAUGUCUGUUUACCGGUCACCGUUGAGACCAAUGUGGAGUAUCUUGAUGGAGAUAGAGAAGAUAGAGAUGUGAGUAAAAGGGUGGAAACUACUUCAGAUGAGCAAGACCAAGACAUAUCAAAUGAAAAGGGAAGGGUGGAUGAAGCUGAAAUAUCUACAGAUGUUGAAGAUGAGAAUUUGACCUUAAUUGAAAUAACUGAAAAUGAUAUUUGGCUGGAAAUGGAUAAAAUGCAAAAAGAUGUAAAGGGGGGAGUUCAGGAAGAAGAAAAAGCAGAGCCUUCACAGGAAAACACAGAGCAGGAAAAAGAAGAAGCAGUGUCACUGGGUGAAAAUGUGGGGGAAACCGAUCUGACAAAUGUAUUUAAGACAACAGCUGUGGAGGAGAUGGUUGCUUUUGAAAACUCAGACCAAGAAGCAGCUUUCAUUACAAGAAGUCUCAGAUACCGAACAGUAACAGUCCAAUCUACACCAAGAAGUAAAUCAAAACGCUUCCACAGACAAGAGCUGGAGUCAGAAAGACAAACUGAUCAUUUAAAUGCCCCUAUAGGGAAGGAGAAUGAGGCAUUAAUUGCUGAGGACAGCACUGCUGAAUUUGAAAAUUUGGAGACAAAAGAGGGAGAGGGCAUAAUUCAGACAAAUACAGAUGGGAAGUCAGAAAACUCAGAGACAAAAGAUGAUACUAAGGAGAAAGGAAACGAAAUUCUGUUUGAAAUCAUGGAAAGUAACAGUGGCAGCCAGGUAAACACUGAACAAAACAAAACUCAAGAAGAAAAUCUUGAGAGAGAAGAUAUGUCGAUGCUUAAUGAACAGGAGGAGGAAGAGGUUUCCAGUGUACAGAAGGAAGCAAAACCACUCCAAGAAAGAGAAAAUGAGGGAGCCGCAGAAGGUGUGCAAGGAAGUUCUGCUGAUUUGGAGGAAACAACAGUGGAAAGGAGAUCCCUGAGAAAAAGAAUGACUGUUGAAACAGCUGCUCCAAGGAAAUCCAAACGUCUUCAUAAACAAGAGCAUGAUAACGAUAGUGAGCAGGUCAAGGAGGCAGUUAUGGGACAGACUGACUCAGUAGAAGUUACAUUUACAGAAGACAUUGUAGAGCUGAGGUCAGAUGCAACUGCAGCAGUUUUUGAGGGAAAUAAUUUGGGUGAAGAAAUACUACAAAAAAUACAGAAAAAUGGGACUAAAUCAGAUGGAGAAUGUAAUGUGCAUAAAGACACAGAGCCAGGUGCAGGUGAAUCUCAAGAGGAGCAAAAACAGAGCAGAUUAAAUAAAACCCAGACAGAUGAGGAUAAAGAAGAGGUUAUGACAGAUGAAAUAAUAGAGGAGGUGAUAGAGCAACAUGUAGAUCUCGAGUCCAGUACAAAUGAGGGCUUCACUUUAGCGUUAGAGGUAGAGGGAACUUCUGAUCAAGAAGAAAACAAAGCAGAUGAGCAGAGCGGAGUGGGGAUGGAGGCUCAAAAAGAGAUAUCCCCAUCUGCACAAAAAUGUGAGAAAGGUGAAGAAAAUAUCUCUGAAGACGAUGAGAAAGGUCUUGCCAUUGGAAAGCAUGUUCUUCAGAGUAGCUCAACUACUGCUUCACCCAAACGAAAAUCAAUGAGGCUACAAAUGCAUGAAUCCAAAAAGAAGGAAGAUGAAUCAGAUUCUGAAUCAGAAGUACAACAAUCCUCGAAACAGAGACAUCAGAGGAAAAGAAAAGCCAUUACUGACUCAGCAUCAGCACGCAGAUCCAAACGCCAUGUUAGGGCAAGAAUCGUUUAGCAGAUUAGUGAUUUGUGGCUCUUGUUUUAGUACAAGACUCGUAUGCAUUGUUUAAGGGACCAACCAACCAAUUAUAUAAAUAAUGUGAAAUUUUUCUAUUACAUUUUCAUAUGCAAAACAACACAAACUAUUUUCAACAACUAUAGAUUUUUUUCUGAAUUAUUUGGGAUUUUAUAAAACAGGUGUUUCUUGAAAUUAGGAUUUACUGAAAUAAGCAUGUUCAGUGUAACAUUUAGUUGAUAAAUGUCUAACUAUAAUAUCUUUAGUUUAGACACUUUCAUGAUUUUCUAUAUUAUGCAUUGUAAAUUCAUUAUAGAGGUAGUUUUUUCGUGUAUAGCACUAUUUUUAUAUUCAAUUAAAUGAAACAUGCAACGGUCCACUGCAAUCAGUUUGGUUCUGAAUUGGAUGAUACAUUUAUCUAAUUUGAUAUUCAUUUUCAGAGUACACAGGUGCUCACACAGCAUAGGUGUUUGUGUGAAACAUUUUUACAAUGUGCUUUAUGUGCUUCCAUUACAUACCACGUACCUUUCAAAUGUGAAUUUGUGACACGUUUUGUGAUUGCAUUUUUUCAAAUUACAGAGUAUCUGCCACAACUGCCCUUGUUUUUAUUGCCAAGAAAAUUAUUUCCUUGAAUUGUAUUAAGUCUUCUUUGAAUCUCACAGCAAUGUAUUUUGUAGCUGCAACCUUUUUUAACAUUAUUGCAACAUCUUUAAUAAAUAGCAAAUGUUUGUGAAUGUGUAAUUCUAUGGGUUUGUUGUUUAUUUUACACUCAUAUUCUGUUAGCAGAACAGUUCAGGUAGCUUCACGUUUCAUCAAUGUUGAAAUACAAAAAUAAUUACUUUCUUUCUUUGACCUCUGUGAUUGUCCUUUGAAAAUGUUUCCCUGAACUGUGAUUUGUCAGUUGUUUUUUCUUAAAUGUUUAAAUAAAUUCAUGAAUUAUCAAUGUAA